UAUCCCUAUCCGUUCAAGAACAAUUAGUGAACACACAGUCACUCACUCCUUCACCAUGGCUUCUCUUCUCUCUCUCCCCUCUACCACCCUGACUAGAACAUCAGUGGUUCUUCAUCAACCUUCUUCAUUCAAGGGGAAUUUGAGUAAUCUCAAGGCGAAUCCAAGUCGAUUAUUUCCAUGUCUCAAACUUAACCACAGCAGGAGGAGCAAAUCAGGAAGGCCACUAGUUUUUGUCAACCAAGCUUCUUCUGCAACGCCUGUCUCUGCAACAAUGGCUAGUGUUCGGUUUCGGCUAGACAAUCUCGGACCCCAAAAGGGUUCCCGGAAGAAGGCAAAGAGAAAGGGUCGGGGUAUUUCGGCGGGUCAAGGUGCGAGUUGUGGGUUUGGAAUGAGGGGUCAGAAAUCAAGGUCUGGUCCCGGGGUUCGCAGGGGCUUCGAGGGUGGGCAGAUGCCGCUUUACCGUAGAGUCCCCAAAUUGAGAGGAAUUGCGGGAGGUAUGCAUGCUGGUUUACCAAAGUAUGUCCCGGUUAACUUAAAAGACAUAGAAGCUGCAGGAUUUAAAGAAGGAGAAGAGGUAUCAUUGGAGACACUGAAGAAGAUGGGUUUAAUAAAUCCAUCAGGAAGAGAAAGGAAACUCCCUUUAAAGAUUCUAGGUGAUGGCCAACUAAGGGUGAAGCUAAACUUCAAGGCCCGAGCCUUCUCAGCAGCGGCAAAAGAGAAGCUUGAGGCUGCUGGUUGUUCCUUGACCGUUCUACCUGGCCGAAAGAAAUGGGUGAAGCCGUCAGUUGCUAAGAACCUUUCGCGUGCCGAAGAGUACUUCGCCAAGAAAAGAGCUGCAGCUGUGUCAGAUGACUCUCCUCAAGCUUGAGCCACAUUUGUCAGCCACUCGAUUCAAAUGUUGUUGUUUUGCAAGAUGUAAAGUAGCAUAUCCAGAUAUUUCAGGGACAUUUUUUCCUUCCAGAAGUUAAAUUCUUGCACUGGUGUCUUCCAUGUAUUUUUAUAGAGUAGUUCCCUUCAAAUAUGAUGCCCUGUUUGGCAGGACGAAUCGAAAUUCGAAGUGAAGGCGGGAGGAUCAAAGAGGCUUCCCAAGGGAAAGAAAAUCCCUCUUUCCCUUCUAAUAUUUGGUUUUGUAGAAGGGUAAUGAGGAAAGCAUGGUGUCAUGAUUAAAGAGAUUCUUGAAAGAGAAAAAAUGUAAUAUUGUCCUCACACUUUUUGGGACUGAGUAAUUUGGUGGCUCAUCUUUCCUUUCUUUUCCCUCUUUUUCUCUGUCAAACAAUUGAGAAGGCUUUUCCUUCCUUCUCUCUUUCAUAUCAAACAGGCUGUUGAAUA